ACCUGGGAGAACCGCUACAUGUUGCUGCUGUGGCUGUCUAUGACCUGUCUGAUACCCUUUGACCUCUCCCGUCUUGACGGUCACCUGACCUCUGACCCCGGCCAGGCCAGAGAGCCAAUCAUGGACCGCAUCCUGGCUGUCGCCAAGGUAACUAAUUCCAGCCUCUCCUGCUGGUGGGCAAUGUUCCGCCGUGUUCUCCCAGGUCCAGUCCAUGUAUGAUGUAUUUAGUUUGUAGCUAACCAUUUCUCUGUUGUUAUUUCCAGUCUUACCUGAUGGUCAGUGAUAAGUCCAGGGAUGCUGCCUCUGUGUUGGUAUCAAAGUGAGUGUUCAACCUUAUUGUUUAAAACCAAAAAAAGCAACAUUUGUGUUGCAUUUCAUGUUCUAGCCAGAAGAGGGCGUACUUGUACUUGAAGAUGCCUAGGUUCAUACCUCGGCCACACACAGUUUACAGAUUGGUCCUAGCGUGUUGUCAUCUAACUGCCUGUGUUUGCAGGUUUGUGACGCGUCCUGAUGUGAAGCUGAAGCGACUAGGAGACUUCCUGGACUGGAGUCUGACCACCAUCUCUCAGGCCAGUGACCAGACCUUGGGAGGUACUGUGAUUCUGGACGGGGCCCUGCAGUCUCUGGUACGACACACACACAAACACACACACACACACACACACACACAGUUCGUCUGUCCGUGAGUGCAUGUGAGUGUGGAUUGCAGUGAUCAGCGUGAAGGCCUAGUUUACAAGAGCCUACAUGUAUGUUUGUGGGAGAUCAUAGCUCUUGUGGGUUUGGCAGGUUUGGCAGGUGUAUAGUGCUGCACCUGUUGUGAGUGUUUGAUGACUGGUCCCAGACCUGUUUUAGGAGCUGGUAUCCCAGACCCCUAGGGGUUGGCUAGAGGUGCUGUGGCCUAACUAACUAACCCCCAGUCCCUCACGCUCUUCCAGCUUGUCUUUCUCUUUCAUCUCUUCCUGUCCUGUAGUUGUGCCGUCACCAACCUCCUUGAUUAAACAGUGGAUUAGUCCAUUUUUUCAGGUUAACUCUUGUGUUGUGUCAGUUAGUCUAAAAUGCUAAUUUAAUGCAACCCUCAAGCGAGCAGUGUGUAAAAGUCAUAUUAUUGGCGUUGAAACUGGCGCUACCUGUUUUCAAACCGUUUCUCCUUCUCUCUGUGCUUCUGUAAUAUGACUGGGAGGGGAAACCGGCUUGUCUCUAUGUGGCACUCAGAGCGUUUAAAACUGGCUCUGUGUGUUCUGACGGCCCAAAGGGGCUUAAACUGGCUCUGGUAAACUUUUUGUUUUGCAGAGUUGCAUUUUGAAUUUCGCCAUGCAGCAAAACUUCAAAAGAGCCACUGAGAAAUGGAGAAAGAGACAGAGAGUGUUAUUAGAAGAGUGGUUAAGUUGAACCUUUUAUUGGUUACUUUCAAUGCCAAUGUAAGUCCUUGCUGCUACAAUGUAAAGACAUGGAGAAGGUAGAGGUUUGUGGUGCUUUAACCCCAAACAACAUGUUGAUCGAACCCUUAAAAGGGCAGGAGGCACAACAUUAUGAACAAAACAGGUGUUGGAAUUUCACAACUUUAAAGGAAAAUGUAUUAUUUUGAUAUCCUCCACAAUAUUGAUGUUGUUGCCCUGUCUCUCCUCCCUCUCUCCUCUCUGUCCUGUCUCCUGUCUCUCCUGUCUCUCAUCUCUCUCCUGUCUCGCCUGUCUCUCCUCUCUCUCCUGUCUCUCCUCUCUCCUGUCUCUCAUCUCUCUCCUGUCUCUCCUCUCUCCUGUCUCUCCUGUCUCUCCUCUCUCCUGUCUCUCCUGUCUCUCCUCUCUCUCCUGUCUCUCCUCUCUCCUGUCUCUCCUCUCUCUCCUCUCUCCUCUCUCUCCUGUCUCUCCUCUCUCUCCUGUCUCGCCUCUCUCUCCUGUCUCUCCUCUCUCCUGUCUCUCCUCUCUCUCCUGUCUCUCCUCUCUCUCCCGUCUCUCCUCUCUCUCCUGUCUCUCCUCUCUCUCCUCUCUCCUGUUUCUCCUCUCUCUCCUGUCUCUCCUCUCUCGCCUGUCUCUCCUCUCUCCUGUCUGCGCCUCUCUCUCCUGUCUCUCCUCUCUCUCCUGUCUCUCCUCUCUCGCCUGUCUCUCCUCUCUCCUGUCUCGCCUCUCUCUCCUGUCUCUCCUGUCUCUCCUCUCUCUCCUCUCUCUCCUGUCUCUCCUCUCUCUCCUGUCUCGCCUGUCUCUCCCUCUCUCCUGUCUCUCCUGUCUCUCAUCUCUCUCCUCUCUCCUCUCUCUCCUGUCUCUCAUCUCUCUCCUCUCUCACUUUUCUCUCUCCUUUCUCUCCUUUCUCUCUCCUUUCUCUCCUCUCUCCUGUCUCUCCUCCUCUCCUCUCUCUCCGUCUCUCCUUUCCUCCGUCUCUCCUUGUCUCUCCUCUCUCUCCUCUCUCUUCUUCUCUCUUCUCUCCUCUCUUCUUUCCUCUCCCUCUUCUGUCUCUCCUCUCUCUCUCCUCUUCUCUCCUUCUCUCUCCCUCUCCUCCUUCCUUCUCUCCUCUCUCGUCCUGUCUCUCUCUCCUCUCUCUCCUGUCUCUCCUCUAUCUCUCCUGUCUCUCCUUUCUCUCCUGACUCUCCUCUCUCUCCUCUCUCUCCUGUCUCUCCUGUCUCUCCUUCUUAUCUCUCCUUCUCUCCUUCCUCUCCUCUCCUGUCUCUCCUGUCUCUCUCCUCUCUCCUCUCUCUCUCCUGUCUCUCCUCGUCUUCGUCUCUCCUCUCUCUCCUGGCUCUCCAUCUCUCUCCUGGUCUCUCCUUCCUCCUCAUCUACUGUCUCUCUCCUCUCUCCUCUCUCUUCCUCUCCUCUCGACUCUCUCUCCCUCUCUCCUCCUCUCCCUCUCCUGUCCUACUCCCUGUCUCACCUCUCUCUCUCCUGUCUUUUAGGCCCAGCUAUUCAAGCAUGGCAAGAGAGAUGACUUUCUCCAGUAUGGUAAGAAUGUCCUUCAAUAGUUGCUUUUUGAUCAGCAAUUUGACUUUAGAUUGUGAUAAGAAGUUGUCUUACCUCCUUUAAUUGAAUGUACCUGUUGUGCCUCCAUUCUGGAUAAGAGCAUCUGCUAAAUAACUUGAAUGUAGGUGAUCUUCUGAUGUUGACUGACGUGACCAUGUCGUGAUACUGGCUGUAGGUGAUGAUGUGAGAUACUAAUGCUGGGUGCACACUUCACCACUGUCUGAAUCCUGACAUCGCUGAGCCUCUCACAUUAAACCACCGUCUUUCCUGUAGUGUUUUGUCUUGCCAAUGUAGUGGUGAGCACAUUAAACCACCGUCUUUCCUGUAGGGUUUUGUCUUGCCAACGUAGUGGUGAGCACAUUAAACCACCGUCUUUCCUGUAGUGUUUUGUCUUGCCAACAUAGUGGUGAGCACAUUAAACCACCGUCUUUCCUGUAGUGUUUUGUCUUGCCAACGUAGUGGUGAGCACAUUAAACCACCGUCUUUCCUGUAGGGUUUUGUCUUUCCAACGUAUUGGUGAGCACAUUAAACCACCGUCUUUCCUGUAGUGUUUUGUCUUGCCAACGUAGUGGUGAGCACAUUAAACCACCGUCUUUCCUGUAGUGUUUUGUCUUGCCAACGUAGUGGUGAGCACAUUAAACCACCGUCUUUCCUGUAGUGUUUUGUCUUGCCAACAUAGUGGUGAGCACAUUCAACCACCGUCUUUCCUGUAGUGUUUUGUCUUGCCAACGUAGUGGUGAGCACAUUAAACCAUGUGACACAGACGGGGAGUCACUUGGUCGUGAGGAUUCUCCAUACCACGCUGUCUCGCCAUAACAAUGAUGUGAUUGUUAACGUAGCUACAAGGAGCUCUGGCUCAAAGCAGCCUCAUAAAUGUUUUCAGUCAGACAUUCACACUUGAACUACAGAGUUGAAAUAUCUAGCCAAUAACAUUUUUGAAUUGAAUAACAUUGCUUGUAAACUUCAGAGCUGCAACGAUUUGACGGUUUGGUUUAAAGGCAGGUACAAACACAUGCUAAUAGUAGUCAUGGCUCCUGCUCCAGAGUCUACACAUUCUGGGUCAUGAGAAACAACGUCGUCAUCUCACUGGCUUCUUCUCUGGCCAGCUCUCAUUGGCUAUUGCUGAUCACCGUUCUCAAAAGUUGUCGUUGCACAUCUCACACUACAAGAGCAUUUGAGAUUUUAUAAAAAAAUAUUGUGAUGGCUCAAAGACGAGAUGGGUAGCCCUCAGAUUGCAUCUCUGACCCGCUCACAUUAAACGAGCGUCGGUGACGGCCACACGCCCCGAGUAGGCAACGGCAUGAGGAGUUUGUCUCCCAUCUCAAGAACUUGUCUGGGACAGCUAAAUCGAAUGUCCGGCUUAACCUGUGAUGCUGCAGUGUCUGGACCAGUGUAGUGUUACCAUGAUACUAAUGUCUGUGUGUGUGUGUGUCUGUGUGUGUGUGUGUCUGUGUGUGUGUGUGUGUGUGUGUGUGUGUGUGUGUGUGUGUGUGUGUGUGUGUGUGUGUGUUCCCCAGCUCCGGUGGUGCUGCAGUGUCUCUGCCACAUGACCAGCGUCAUGUGGCAGAGAGCAGCCAGGCUAUGCUGAGGAAGCUGGGGGUCAAGCUGAUACAGAGACUGGGUCUCACCUUCCUCAAGCCGCGACUGGCCAAGUGGAGGUGA